AUGAAUGAUUUGCAUAAAGUCAUCGAAUGUGUGCCAAACUUUUCUGAAGGUCAACGAAAAGAAGUCAUUGAUACAAUUGCUCAUGCGAUUGCUGGUGUAGAAGGUGUUGCUCUCCUGGAUAUCGAUCCGGGAUUGUCAACAAAUCGAACGAUUUAUACGUUUGUUGGACAUCCACAAGCAGUUAUCGAAGCUGCUUUAGCAGCCGGUCGUGCAGCAUACAAUCUGAUCGAUAUGACAAGACAUUCCGGUGAACAUCCGCGUAUAGGCGCAAUGGAUGUUGUGCCAUUUGUGCCGGUUCAAAAUGCAACAAUGGCUGAUUGUAUUGAAAUCGCACGCGAAUUCGCAGAUCGAUUAGCCAUGGAAUUGAGUGUGCCUGUUUACUUGUACGGCGAAGCACAAGAACGAGAGUACCGUCGAGAUCUGUCACAAAUUCGCGAAGGAGAAUAUGAAACACUCUAUAGCAAAAUCAGGAAACAAGAAUGGAAACCUGAUUUCGGUCCUGCGGAAUUCAUUCCAUCGUGGGGUGCGACGUGUGUUGGUGCGCGAAAAUUCCUGAUUGCGUACAAUAUCAACUUACUUGGUACGAAGGAACAAGCGCAUCGAAUUGCACUCAAUGUUCGCGAACAAGGAAGAGGCAAAGAUGAACCUGGUAAAUUAAAAUGCGUCCGUGGUCUGGGUUGGUGGCUUGAAGAAUCGAAUUUAGCACAGAUCUCACUGAAUUUAACUGAUUUCGAAAUAACCAACAUUCAUACUGCUUACAAUCAAUGUGUCACUGAAGCUGAAGCGCUCAAUGUAGGUAUAUGUGGUUCGCAAAUCGUCGGUCUAGUACCGUUAAAACCAUUGCUAAUGGCUGCAGAAUCGAUCAUUCAAAAGGAAAAUCUCUUCAUUCUCGACGAAGACCAAAAGAUCCGUUUGGUUAUCCAACGUCUAGGUUUAAAUUCCAUAGCACCCUUCAUUCCGAAAGAGCGAAUUAUCGAAUAUAUCAUUCGCGAACGCGAAGGGCAUGAUGACAGCAUUAACUCAAUGGAAAUUAAAGAUUUAGUCAAACAUAUUAGUUCGCGAUCAUUGGUACCUGGUGGAAGCUGCGUUACGUCCCUUGUUGCAACACUUGGCACAGCGCUUAGCACCAUGUGUGCACUAUUAACGUAUGGAAUGAAAAAGUGGGAAUCAUUAGAGCAGGAAAUGCGAGUUAUCAUUGCCCCAUUGCAUGCGACAACGAAAACAUUAAUGAAUACGCUGGAUAGUGAUACUGAAACGUUGAAUGCUUUCUUGACAGUUCAGAAGAUGGCUGAAACUAAUGAAGAAGAAAAACGUUUUAAACAGAUUACCGAGAAUCGUUGUUUACAACGAUAUCUCGAUGUCUCAUUAGAUAUCAUGCGGCAAAUCAAUGAUCUGUGGGAACCUCUCCAACGUUUAGCUCCAUUGUUUAAUUUCAGUACAAAAACGGAUUUUCUCGUUAGUGUUAAGUGCUUGGAAACAGCAGCCUAUGGUGCGUGUAAACGCAUUGAAAUCUUUUCCACAUCAUUAAUCGUAACAGCUGACACAAAUCCAAGCGAAGAAAGUGAUUCUCAAGCAAAAGUUCCACCAAAAAACUAUCGAGAAGAAGCAAAUACAUAUCUUCAAACAGCACAGAAAUCUGUUCAAUCGAUCUUAUCCAUAGCUGAAGGUCGAAGCGAAUAG